ACAAUUGAGUUUCUAGUUAGUAUACUACCUAUAGUUGUUUGAACAACGCGCUUGAACACCCAAGGUGACCUUUCUCCAUGAUAUAUCAAUUUUUUUUUAUUUUUGCCAUACAACCAAUUUUGCAUUGACUUUCUUUAGAACAUUUUAUUAACCUUAUCCGAAUCAGUUGGUCGCCAAACGUCGAAGAAGACGUGCCUGUUUUCGGAGUGUUUAUUAUCAUAAUUAUAAGUGGUGAAACGAAGAAAUAAAUUUAAUUUGAAAUAAAAUUUGAACUUCCUCGUUGCGACGACGAUAAAGUAUAUAUAACUAACUAAGUGACAAAUUAACAUUAAUUUUCGUUCAACAAAAAUUCAUUUUUAAUUAACUGAAUGGUGUUGAGAGGUUGAUCAAGUUGUAAAUUAUAGGAAAAAGUGUUCGAUUUCAAUUUUAGAAUUAAUAAUUAGAAGUGUUUACAGUUGCAAUAAAUAUUAUAUCUAGAUAGAGAGAACACACAUUGAUCUUUGCUUAUAACAAUUACAACAACAACGACAAAAGUAAAGUGUCGUCGCAUUUGAAAUUCGAACCGAAUGCAUUGCUGAACAACAAUAAAUAAUACUGUUUAAUGAACGUUACAUGAAUUGUGAAAGUGUCCCAUAGCUGAAAGUUUAAUUUAAUUCGUUUUCUCAAUUAUUUUGUGCAUAUAAAUACACCGCAAACGAAUCGAUUUGUACCAGGAUGGAUUUUAUCACACCUUACAUAAAAAAUUUGCAAAUUGAUAAAAGCAAAUUUCUUGAACCGAAUCCAAUAAUUCAAGAGAGAUGCCAGGAAUUGAUAAUAGAUGAUAAGGCUACUGUGAAAUUGAUGGACUUGGUGCUACAUGAAGUCAAUAGAGGAUUAAGUAAAAAGGAAAACAAAGAUGCAGACAUCAAAUGCUAUGUUACAUACAUACAAGAUCUACCAAACGGAAAAGAACGAGGAAAGUUCCUAGCCCUUGACUUGGGCGGAACCAAUUUCCGAGUAUUGAUCAUUCAUCUGAAAGGCGAAAACGAUUUCGAAAUGCAGUCGAAAAUCUAUGCGGUGCCACAGAAUAUUAUGUUGGGUAGCGGUGAACAGUUAUUUGAUCAUAUUGCUGAAUGUUUAGCCAAUUUUAUGAGAGAACACAGUGUAUACGCGGAGCGACUACCGCUAGGAUUCACAUUUUCCUUUCCACUGUUGCAACUAGGACUGACAAAGGGUCUGCUAGUCAGAUGGACAAAGGGAUUUAAUUGUGAAGGAGUUGUUGGCGAAGAUGUGGUACAAUUACUUAAAGAUGCUAUUGCAAGACGUGGGGACGUUCAAAUCGAUGUAUGUGCUAUUCUCAACGAUACAACGGGUACAUUGAUGUCAUGUGCAUGGAAAAAUCACAACUGUAAAAUAGGAUUAAUUGUCGGAACCGGAAGUAAUGCAUGCUACGUUGAAAAAAUCAAAAACGUUGAGAACUGGGAUGGUCCGACAACAGAAAAGCAACAUGUCUUGAUCAACACUGAAUGGGGUGCUUUCGGUGACAAUGGCGUAUUAGACUUUAUCCGCACACAAUACGACAGAGACAUUGAUGAGCACAGUAUUAAUCGUGGAAAGCAAAUUCAAGAGAAAAUGAUAUCCGGCAUGUACAUGGGUGAAUUGGCUCGAUUGGCUAUCUACAGAUUUACGAAAGAGGGUCUACUGUUCAACGGCGUUGAUUCGGAAUUGCUGAGAACGCGCGGUCAAUUCUUCACCAAAUAUGUGUCCGAAAUUGAAUCCGACAAGCCGGGAAAUUAUACAAACUGCAUGCAAGUCAUGGAUGAAUUAGGUCUGCAAAAUGUUACCGAACAGGAUUGUGCCAAUGUUCGAUAUAUAUGCGAAUGUGUUUCGAGUCGGGCGGCACACUUGGUAUCGGCCGGUAUCGCAGCGUUAAUAAACAAAAUGGAUGAGCCGAGUGUUACGGUUGGUGUUGACGGUUCUGUGUACCGAUUUCAUCCCAAAUUUCAUGAUCUGAUGAUGAAGCGUAUUCGUCAAUUUGUUAAGCCCGAAAUAUCGUUCGACUUAAUGUUAUCGGAGGAUGGUAGUGGUAGAGGCGCAGCCUUGGUCGCUGCCGUUGCUUGCCGAGAGGAGGGUCGUGCGUAGGUUAAUGCUGAUCUAGUUUCUAAGAUGUAAACAACAAAAAUAUUACUGUGGAAGAUAGUGGUAGCAAAUUAAGACCAAUUUUUAAUUUAUUUUUAUUUUUACAAAAUUUAAUUUGGUCGCCCGCCCCUCUUUAUAUUGUUAAUAAUUCCCUUAUUGUUUUCACUCUCUUCUUCUUCAUUUUUUUUAAAAAUAUUUUUUAAAGUUGUUCAAUAUAUUCAAGCGACAUAGCGAUAAAAUAAAGAAAUUACAAUCACAUUAC